UCAUAUGCAUUUGCAGGUGUACAAAAUGGUGAGCCAGGAAUGACAUGUGGGGGAAGUUAUAGGCUCAGUGUGUACUCUGUUGGCGCAGCAGGCCCAACACCUGGGCCAACACCAGCUCCAUCUCCAGCACCAACACCAGCUCCAUCUCCAGCACCAUCUCCGCCACCUUCUCCGCGGCCAUCUCCCGCACCGUCACCUGCUCCCACACCAGCCCCAGUCAGCAACAAUCCUCAAACGUCCAAUUUUAAUAUCGCACUAGAACUGCGAGGGGUCUCACAAAGCUCUGUCUUUGAAAGUGCGAUCCGCGAGUGGAAAUCGGUCAUCAUGGGGGAUCUCCCGGACAUCAAUGAUGUGCUUCCAGGCGAGAGUGCCUGCGGGCCUUGGCCACAGGGUAUUGAUGAUCUAUACAUCUGUGGAAAAUACGAGGCAAUCGACGGGAGAAGCGGGAUUCUAGGUGCCGCUGGUCCUCGGUUUUAUCGUACCAGCGGAACGCCGAUUACGGGAGAAAUGGUGUUUGACAGUGCGGAUGUCGCCUUCAUCAACUUGCUUGGGGUCAUUUUGCAUGAGAUGGGACAUGUGCUGGGUAUUGGUCCACUUUGGAUGGCCAACGGUAUGACCACAAAACGGACUGUUCCUUGCCCGUACGCUUAUAACUCCAAAGCUUCCCAGGUGUACCGUGAACUGAGCGGCUGCAACAAGGCAAUCCCCGUCGAACAGAGCUACGGUGGUGCCGGUUCCAACUGUGGUCAUUGGGAGGAAAAAUGUUUUCGAACCGAACUCAUGACACCGAGUGCUGCACAACAGCUUCCCAUGUCAAGAAUCACCAUUGCUGGGUUGGAAGAUCUUGGAUACGAAGUAUCUUAUGCGCAGGCUGAAUCAUUCUCCACGGCUCAUAUGGAUUCCAGUUGUGUCUGCAACCGACGUGGUUUACGUGGCGAGGAUGACCUCUCCUUCUCGGUCGCUCGUGACGGUACGAUUGGGGAUCAUCGUCGACUGAGUGAUGCAGGACGUGCCGUUGCGCAGCAGUUCGGACAAGAGCUAUUGCAAGCCCGGCAAGAUGCCACAUCGCUUCUUCCCUUGCCUGACGGCAUCGAAGAUAUUGGCACUGAGGUCGUUUUUAUCAUGUACGAGGAAGGCAACACUACAUACUCCAUCAUGGUCACUUCGGACCCAGUGGAUUAA